ACAAAAUAAAAACUAAGGUACAUAAUUUCCAUCGACACCGGUUGAGUAAAACAUGGCUGGAGCAGGUGCUGGAUCGAAGAAAUCGGCUUUGUUUAUUUGUCUAGGCAAUAUUUGCCGUUCUCCAAUUGCUGAAGCUGUCUUUUUGGAUCUACUUGAAACGAAAGAACAAAGAGACCAGUGGCAUGUGGACAGUGCUGCCAUAGGGGACUGGCAUGUUGGUGGUCCCCCAGAUAAACGGACGAUGAAAACAUUGAAGAAGAAAGGAGUGACAAACUAUAAACAUGUUGUUCGACAGAUUAAUGUAGAAGAUUUUCAUAAGUUUGAUGUUAUCUUUGGAAUGGAUAAGCAAAAUAUGAGGGACCUUGAGGACAUUCAACCCAAAGGAAGCAAGGCUGUGCUUGAAAUGCUUGGAACAUAUGAUCCCAAUGGCAAAAUUAUUAUUGAUGACCCUUACUAUGGUUCAAGAAUUGAGGAUUUUGAAGAGGUAUAUGACCAGGUAGUGAGAUGUUGUGAAGCAUAUCUCAAGUCACUUGAAGGCAAGACAUCUUGACAGCUGAGUGUUGUCCUUUUCUCAUAUUGUUGUUGCCAAUACACUGAUCUGAAAGCAUGUAUCCUUAUCCUAGAGCCUAGAUAUAGGUGUGAGCUAUCCUUAAUGGAGAGAUGUGGCAGGGACUGUUGUUAUUGUGACCCUUUGUGUUCUUACACUGUUGUUGUUUAAUACUAGGCAAACGAGAUUGAAAAAUCUGUAUCCAAAUCUCCCAAAUGUUGUUGUGGUCUUCAGCAGAUCUAUUAUAACGGAAUACAUGUGUCCAGCACAAAAAGAAUUGAAAAUUCAGGUAGAAAUGGCUAGACACCAUCCGACAGAAGGUUAAUCAGUACUAUUUAUUAUAGUUAACAUGUUUCGGUACACAUAGUAUGCCGUACUUAGAAUAGUAUGACAAUUCAAAAUAGCGGCCUACAGAAAGAAAAGCAGCGCAUAUAGGCAUAUGCGCCGCUUUUCUUGUUUACAAACAUUGUUUACAAAUUGACGUCAUAGAUAGUAAACAGAUAUCCGUGACUGUGGAUAUAAGUGUCAUCCUUAUUAACACCUACACAGAUAUCUGUGUACUAAUAAUGAUGUCAGUUUGAAAACAACUUUGUUGCUGGAAAAAAAGGAAUCAGAUUUGUUCAAUUUGUAUUGAAGGAAAGAAUGAAGGGUUGAGGAUUUUUGAUAGAAUAUUCAGAAUACAGUUUCAAUAAGUACGUGUCCAUUAAACCAAAAAUGAAGUCUCCUAACCUGAAUGAGAAAGAUUUGUUAUGGUUAUGUGUAAUGAGGUCAUCAAAGAAGAUACUAAAUUUUAUAUA